CUGGCUUGGUCCAGAGCUAAAAAAAUUUCUUUGCACAAGUUAAUAGCAAAUUGCGAUUAAAAGUGGAAUAACUACAGCGCCCGCACACGUUUACACAUUUCGGGGGCUGAAAUGUCGGAUUCUGAAGUAAGCAAUAUGUCGGACAGUGGAUCCGAGGAUGGAUCCAUAUCCAACAAGUCACAGCGUUCGCAGCGUAGCGUCAGAUCCAAAUCGGGUUUCCGGUCGCGAUCACGAUCCAGGUCCGCAUCCAGAUCUGCUUCGCGUUCCCGAUCCCGCUCCCAGUCGGGUCAUUCCCGCUCGGGAUCGGAGUCUCCGCAACGUAGGAACCGUGGGAAAAGCGACGAGUCUGGAGAGGAAGAGGAGGAACCACCGGGCGAGGACAUUGAUUCCGAGGAAUACGAAGAGGAGGAGAAUGAGGACCAUCCAAGGAAAAAGAAGAAGAAGGAGCGAUUCGGUGGCUUCAUCAUUGACGAGGCCGAAGUGGAUGAUGAGGUUGACGAAGACGACGAGUGGGAAGAGGGUGCCAACGAGAUUGGCAUUGUUGGAAACGAGAUUGACGAAUUGGGACCCACGGCCAGGGAUAUUGAAAUCCGACGGCGAGGCACAAACCUAUGGGACACUCAAAAGGAAGACGAAAUUGAAGAGUAUCUCCGAAAGAAAUACGCUGACGAGUCAAUAGCAAAGCGACGAUUUGGCGAUGGCGGGGAGGAGAUGUCGGACGAGAUAACCCAGCAGACCCUGUUGCCGGGUAUCAAGGAUCCUAAUUUGUGGAUGGUCAAAUGCCGGAUUGGAGAGGAGAAGGCUACGGCUCUGCUGCUGAUGAGAAAGUUUUUAACCUACUUGAACACGGAUGAUCCGCUGCAAAUCAAAUCGAUUAUUGCACCCGAGGGCGUCAAGGGUUACAUUUAUCUGGAAGCCUACAAGCAGACGCAUGUCAAAACAGCCAUUGACAAUGUGGGCAAUCUUCGGAUGGGCAAAUGGAAGCAGGAGAUGGUUCCCAUUAAGGAAAUGACGGACGUUCUCAAGGUGGUCAAGGAGCAGGUUGGCCUCAAGGUCAAGCAAUGGGUGCGCCUAAAGCGAGGCCUCUACAAGGAUGACAUUGCCCAGGUUGACUAUGUGGAUUUGGCACAAAAUCAAGUGCAUCUGAAGCUACUGCCACGCAUCGAUUACACACGAAUGCGAGGCGCAUUAAGGACGACGGCAACGGAGAGUGACGAUAGCAAGCGCAAGAAGAAACGUCGUCCUCCAGCAAAGCCAUUCGAUCCAGAAGCCGUGAGGGCAAUUGGCGGCGAAGUCCACUCCGAUGGUGACUUCCUGCUGUUUGAGGGCAACCGAUAUUCUCGGAAGGGCUUCCUCUACAAGAACUUUACCAUGUCAGCCAUUCUGUCCGACGGAGUAAAACCCACUCUAGCCGAGCUAGAACGCUUUGAGGAAUCUCCAGAGGAGGUCAACUUGGAAAUUCUCGGCAGCAUUAAGGAUGAUCCCACUUCAACCCAUUCCUUUUCAAUGGGUGACAAUGUUGAAGUUUGCGUUGGCGACUUGGAGAACUUACAGGCCAAGAUUGUUGCCAUUGACGGCACUAUGAUUACGGUCAUGCCCAAACAUCAGGAUCUUAAGGAUCCUUUAAUCUUCAAAGCCAGUGAAUUGCGCAAGUACUUCAAGACAGGAGAUCAUGCCAGGGUGUUGGCUGGUCGAUAUGAGGGCGAAACUGGUCUCAUCAUUCGCGUUGAGCCACAACGUGUGGUGCUGGUUUCGGAUUUAACCAAUCACGAGCUGGAGGUGUUGCCAAGGGACUUGCAGUUGUGUUCCGAUGUGGCCACAGGUGUCGAUUGCCUGGGUCAGUUUCAAUGGGGAGACUUGGUGCAACUGGAUUCCCAGAAUGUGGGCGUUAUCGUGCGACUGGAGCGCGAGAACUUUCACGUGUUGGGCAUGAACGGAAAGUGCAUUGAGUGCAAGCCAACCGCCUUGCACAAGCGAAGGGAGAACCGUAAUACCGUGGCCCUGGAUGCUGACCAGAACCAGAUUCGUCGCCGCGACAUUGUUAAGGUUAUGGAGGGUCCUCAUGCUGGCCGUUCUGGUGAGAUUAAGCACCUGUAUCGCAGUCUGGCCUUUCUACAUUGCCGCAUGUACACGGAGAAUGGCGGUAUAUUUGUCUGCAAGACACGACACUUGCAGUUGGCUGGAGGCAGCAAGACCAAUGUGAAUAAUGCAGGAACCCUGGGUGGCCUGGGAUUCAUGUCGCCGCGCAUUCAAUCACCCAUGCAUCCAUCCGGUGGUCGGGGCGGAGCUCGAGGUGGAGCACGUGGUGGCCGGGGCGGGUUCCGGGUCACUCGGGAUCGCGAGAUUCUGGGUAAAACAAUCAAGAUUAGUGGAGGACCCUACAAGGGCGCUGUUGGGAUUGUUAAGGACGCAACCGAGAGCACAGCUCGUGUGGAGCUGCAUACCUCAUGCCAGACGAUUUCGGUGGAUCGGAAUCAUAUUGCCAUUGUGGGAGUGCCCGGAAAGGAGGGUAGCGUGUCCACUUAUGGACGCACUCCAGCUCGUACUCCCGGUUAUGGAGCCCAGACACCCAGCUACACCGCUGCCGGAUCAAAGACCCCGCUGGUGGGAAGCCAAACACCCAAUUGGGAUACGGAUACUCGUACUCCUUAUGGUACAAUGACACCGUCUCACGAUGGCAGCAUGACCCCGCGGCACGGAGCUUGGGAUCCAACUGCAAAUACUACGCCGGCCAGAAACAACGACCUGGAUUAUUCGCUUGAGGAGCCCAGCCCCAGCCCUGGCUACAAUCCAAGUACUCCUGGCUAUCAGAUGACUUCCCAGUUUGCUCCUCAAACGCCUGGCACUCUGUACGGAUCAGAUAGGAGCUAUAGCCCCUUCAAUCCCAGCCCGAGUCCCGCUCCGUCACCCUAUCCCGUUGGCUAUAUGAACACUCCAUCUCCAUCGACCUAUUCCCCGAAUACUCCGGGUGGCAUUCCGCAGUCUCCGUACAAUCCCCAGACACCCGGAGCUAGUCUGGACUCUUCGAUGGGCGACUGGUGCACCACGGACAUUGAGGUUCGGAUCCACACUCAUGAUGAUACUGAUCUCGUUGGACAAACGGGCAUUAUCCGCACGGUUUCCAAUGGCGUGUGCUCGGUAUUCUUGCGGCAGGAGGAUCGUAGUGUAUCCAUUGUUAGUGAGCACCUGGCUCCAGUGCCUCCCAACAGUGGCGACGAGUUUAAGGUCAUCUACGGCGAGGAGCGCGAGUCCGUCGGCAGAGUGUUGUCCAAGCAGGAGGGCGAUGUGCUCGUCUGCAAAAUAAACGACGAGGUUAAGAUGAUACCCGUUAACCAUCUCUGCAAGAUGAAAUCCAUCGAUUAAGCUCUAUAAGAAAAUAUGUUUAUGUUGACGAAAGUAUCAAUGAAAUUUCAAAUAUUAUAAAAAUAUUAAU